CUCUUAUUUACGAAGUAUUCGACAUUGUUUCGUCUUCUCUCGUUUAAAUCAUUUAAAACGCGAACAAAUUCAAUGCUUUCAAAGUGAUUAGUGUGCUUGGAAGUAAUUCGAAAUAAUCCUGUCUAAACAAACAAGCGAGAAUCUUACUCAAAAAGGAAUAGUUGAACAAUGUGAACAUGUGUUCGCCGAUGGAUUCUCCAGGAAUUCGUGCUCUCGAAGCUGCCAGGAAUAUUAAGGAUUUGGCAAUCUUCAAAAAGCCGAUUGGAGUUGCAAAAAAAAGCAGUUGUUUUCGUGUCAAAAUUUUGGAUGAGGACACUUACAUUGCUAAAAUGGGUAAAAUCAUUGAGCGUGACUUCUUCCCAGAUUUAAAAAAACUGAGAGCCCAAAACGAGUACCUAGAUGCCCUGGAACAAAAUGACGCAAAGCGAAUGAGAGAAUUGUAUGCAAAAUACAGUUCAGGCCGACCAAUUACCGAACGACCAGUAAGUCCAGCUACGUUUGAAACACCCCUUCGAGGAGAAGAUGACCCCAGCUCUCUUUUACCUGAAACUCCAACAGAGGAAACUUCAGUAGAUUUAAGCAUAAUAGAAAACUAUAUCGAGCACAAAGUAGGAUUAGACGAUUAUCUCAGCACUCACACAAGUGAAGACAAUGCCAGCUUUCAAGAAAUUAUGGCUGAAGCCGAAAAACGACACAAAUUAAAAUACGCCUGGUUGUACAAAAACGAGGAAGCAGCCAAAGCACUUGCGAUAGAAAAGAAUGAGGAAGAAUCCCUACCCAUAGAAGACAGAAAGAAACCGAAGGAGCUCGAAAUGUGGAAUUACACAAAUAAAAAUUACAUCAUGUAUGUUCCCGAUGGGGUGGAGUUAACCACAGAAGAAAAAAUAGAGAUGGCUAAGCAAAAACAAGAAGUCAUUCACACAAAUACGAGACUCACUGUGAAUCCUUUUAAUGAAAAACAAAACAAAGAAACCAUAUGCAAAUUAGCUAAAUCGCAAUCAAGAGCGAAUGACGGUAAAAUUGGAGUUGAUGGUAAAGAAGUAAUUAAGAAUCUAACGCCUAGAGUGAAUGGGUUCAGUAUCGUUGCUACUCCGAGUCCAAGACCUGGAGAAUGCGAGAGUCCACUCAUGACCUGGGGUCAAAUCGAGGGAACGCCUUUCAGACUGGAUGGAGGAGAUACGCCACUCCUGAGAACCAACCAAGGACCUUCAUUCAAGAUGGCAGAACCACCUAAAAGAGAAAAAAUUGCCUUUCAGCUUGCUGAAAAGGCUGGGGAGAGACACAGGGAUCGGAAAAUCAAAGCUUUGGAAGUUGCGAGAAGAUCUUUGGCAACACCUUCACCAAAGUCGACAAUGGAUCGUCUGAGUACAAUGUCACCAGCAGCGCGAAGAUUUGCGACUCAGAAACUGAGGCUCCUUGGCACGCCAACGCCCAGAAGAACUUCCAGGUCUCGAACACCGUCGAUUGGAGUGCGAACACCCAGGACACCCCGACUAUCUACAUCUGGGAAUGAUUGUCAAUCUUCUAGAGAAAAUUCUAUAUCUAAACAUGGUUCAACUCCUACAGGUUUUGUGUCAACUGAUAAUUUACUUAAUCUUCCUCUUCAAAGGCAAAGAGCGUCAGAUUUCUUUAAUAAAUGAAACUGCUUUGAUAUCUUUCGAUUUUGUAUUCUCCAAACAAAAUGUUUACGAUAGAGUGAAAGAAAGUUGUUUAGUGUUUAAUUAAUUUUUAAGUAUUUAUGUAGGAGAUGAAGAUUGGACACUGCUCAUGUUUUGAAGGUGAUAUAGAUUUGAUCAAUAUUACGUAUUACGGAUGUAGACUUUGUAGCGGGGAUAUUAGAUUAAAAUAUUAACCAUAACUUUGUUGAAUUUUGCAGUAUGGGGCGACUCGUUAUGUAAACAUCACACUUGUCCAGAACUUGUGAGGACAUUGAUAUUCUUAAUGUCACUUUUUCUUCGAAAGUGUUCCCGUGUAUUUUUUGUCAGGCUCAUUUCACUUAGACUUGAAAAUCUGCGUUUUUCGAA